GGUUUUAUCUAUAACAGGCAGACACCACCUACCCGCCUUCACACAGAGGUGUACUUUUUAGUUGGAUUUUUUGCUGCCUACCAUGUCUACGUACCUGACGACUACCUGCCACUACCCAUUUGGCUGGUUGAGGGGUCUAAUGUUACCUUCGUUGCCCAACGAACCGUCAGUUCAACAUUUGCAACGCAAGACGUUGCUUCUUCCACUACGCAUCCUCAUCGUGAAUAUUGCCUUUUUGUUAUAAAUUAUACGGAUUAACAAACACAGUGAUAGUAAUAAAUUAAAAAAAAACACUUUUUGUCUUAAAUAAACAAGUAUGUGUCAUCAUGUCCAAAACAGAAAAACAUGUCAAAAAUCCGCCCUUUAUCUGAUCAAUUAGCUGAGAAUGCAAAACGCGAACUGGGUGAAGUUCCCGAACGCAUUGAUUCGGAUAUUGCAAUGCUACGAGAGUGGAUCUGCAAACAGCCACAUUUAAAAGCACGCACAGAUGAUCAAUUAUUGGUGGCAUUUUUGCGUGGGUGUAAAUACAGUCUAGAAAAGGCCAAACACAAAAUUGAUUGCUUCUAUGCAAUGCGUAAUGCGGUGCCAGAAUUAUAUAAAAAUCGUUUUGUGAAUGAUAAAUCCAUUGCUAUACUGAGACAAGGCUGUUUAUUGCGCUUACCCAAACCAUUGACCGAAGCAGGCCCCCGUAUACACAUAUCACGAUAUGGUUACUAUAAUACGGACAAUCAUAGCCUGGCUGAUGUUGUUAAAUUGAGCACGAUGCUGGGAGAGAUACAAUUUCGUGAAGAUGAUAAUGCUAUGGUAAUGGGUUUUGUAGAAAUUAUCGAUCUCAAGGAUGUUUCCGCAGGCCACAUUUUCCAAUUUGAUGCUGUGCUGGUUAAAAAACUUGCCGUCUUGGGCGAUAAAGCAUGGCCUUAUAGGCCUAAGGGGUUUCACUUUGUUAAUGCUCCCACAGGUACCGAAAAAUUACUAGCCAUUGCCAAAAGUUUAAUGAGCGAUAAAAUUAAACAGAGAUUCCACAUUCAUUCCAAAUAUGAAUCAUUAUAUCAGUAUAUUCCUCAAGAAUGCUUGCCGGCUGAAUAUGGUGGUAGCAAUGGUACUAUUGCAGAUGUCGUCAACACCUGGGAAAAGAAAUUAUUAGAAUACAAAGCAUACUUCGAUGAAGAAGUCGAGUAUUGUACAAAUGAAAAACUACGUCCUGGCCGACCGCUCAACUCAGAGUCACUCUUUGGCAUUGAUGGCUCGUUUAGGAAACUGGAUAUUGACUAAUGCAGUGUAUAGUUUGUUAGAUGGCACUUGAAUUCGUGCAAAGGAUUUUAAUAGUUUAAUUUUAGGCAAGGCCUUAGACAUGACACAUAAAACAAGUUGAUUAAUAAUAUUAAUUUAAUAAAUGCAAAAAUCUUUUACGUUUUUCUCAAAAUACUUCAAGGGUAUUUUUUGUAAUAAGACUAAAUUUUUAA